CCCUCGCCUCCUUGAGUGAGCGCAUGCGCUUCCUGGAAGACGCGUGGUCGAGGAGACAGCGAGGGUUGGGGGGUGUCUUGAGCGCCCCCUCCAGAAAGCCUUGAUCCGGCAUGGAAGCUGCUGGAGGGGCUGCGGGGGUGGCGCCCAUCAAAGCCCAGUACCUCACCACAAAAGAAGAGUUUCACACUUACCUUGGACAAGAAGGGGACCCAAGAAAUAACAAAGGCGAUGUUAAUAAUGAUGAUGAUGAUGGUCAGAAAGACAUCAGCAGUGACCCUACCGAGCCUCCUUCCAAGCUACAAAAGUUGGAAGAAGACGGGAAAGAAGCUCGUCUGCCAGAAGAGGCAGCCGAAGACCUGAAGAAACCUCCUGGGCGGAAGAGGGCCCGAGGACAGAACAAGAAUCGGCCGUGCAUGAAUCCCAUGCGUUACGAGAAGCAUCGCCUGUGCCCGUCAAUAAUCCAGGAACGUGCAGAGAAAUGCUUCUUUGGGUCGCAGUGCCACUUCUUGCAUGACGUGAAGGAGUACAUGGCCACAAAGCUGCCGGACCUCGGAGACAGCUGUGUCCUGUUCAAGAACUUCGGCAGGUGCACGUAUGGGGUUACCUGCCGGUUCUCGGGGGCCCACCUUGGAGAAGAUUACCAGAAUGUUGUUAAUGCGGACCUUUUAAAACAGUGGGAGGGGAAACCGAUAGUGAAAAACAGCCUCAGUAAAGAACUACAGCAGCAGCUGCGCAAGAGGAAAGUGCCCUUUGAGAAAUCCAACCAGUACCUUCGCUGCUUGGGCAAAUCCAGCUGUGCGCCGACAGGGGAGAGCAAUGCGACAAACUGUUCCCUUUCCAAAGGGAGUGUGGAAGUUGCCAAAGAGAAGGGACUGGAGGUUGUUGGCGUGUUGGAGAGAGAAGGGUCUGUGCUUGAGGGUGCCCACCCACCAGUGGAAUCUACUCUCAAAAUGGCUGGCACCGUCACAGAUGAAGAUAUCGUAAAACUAAGACCCUGUGAGAAGAAAAAGCUGGAUCUACAAGGCAAGCUUUACCUGGCCCCUUUAACAACAUGUGGCAAUCUCCCGUUCCGGAGAAUAUGCAAGAGGUUUGGAGCCGACGUCACCUGCGGAGAGAUGGCGAUGUGCACCAACCUGCUGCAGGGACAGUCAUCGGAGUGGGCCCUGCUGAAAAGGCACUACACGGAGGACCUCUUCGGUGUGCAGCUGGAGGGAGCCUUUCCAGACACCAUGACCAAAUGCGCAGAGCUUCUGAACCAGGCCGUUGAAGUGGAUUUUGUGGAUAUCAAUGUGGGCUGCCCAAUAGACCUGGUGUAUAAGAAGGGGGGAGGCUGUGCCUUAAUGAGCCGCGCCAACAAGUUUGAACAGAUUGUCCGAGGCAUGGACACGGUCUUGGAUGUCCCCCUGACUGUGAAGAUCCGGACUGGAGUCCAAGAUAAAGUCAAUCUGGCUCACAAAAUCAUCCCUAACCUCCGAGAGUGGGGUGCUUCCUUGGUCACGCUCCAUGGCCGCUCGAGAGAACAGCGCUACACCAAGGGGGCAGACUGGGAGUACAUCGCGGAGUGUGCCAAGCUUGCCAGCCCGAUGCCUCUUUUUGGAAACGGGGAUAUCUUGUCUUUUGAAGAUGCAAAUCGAGCCAUGGAGACUGGAGUCUCGGGGAUCAUGAUUGCAAGAGGAGCGCUGAUCAAACCAUGGAUAUUUACGGAAAUCAAGGAGCAGCGGCACUGGGACAUUUCCUCUGGUGAAAGGCUGGAUCUCCUUAAGGACUUCACCAGCUACGGCCUGGAGCACUGGGGAUCAGACACCCAGGGCGUGGAGAAGACCAGGAAAUUCUUGCUCGAAUGGCUCUCGUUUCUGUGCAGGUACAUUCCAGUGGGUCUGUUGGAACGGCUGCCACAGCGAAUCAACGAGAGGCCUCCAUACUAUGUGGGCCGAGACUACAUGGAGACUCUGAUGGCCAGCCAGAACGUGGGCGACUGGAUUAAGAUCAGUGAGACGCUUUUGGGCCCUGUUCCUGCCAACUUUACUUUCCUGCCAAAACACAAGGCAAAUUCUUACAAGUAGGUCCCAGCGUGACAGGAAGAGAAGACAAAACACCAUGUCUGCGUGGGAGCCAAAUACACACUUUGCUGCUCUCUCUACUUUAAAUUAAAACAAAAAUUCUAUUUUUAAUUUG